AUUUUAGUGCUUCAGUUAUAGUGCUGAAAUUACAGUGCUGAAUUCAUGCAAUGCAUACAAAAUAUUUAUAAACUACAUGAUCAUAAAUAAUGUUCCUCAAAAUGACCAUUAGAAUAUCCCACUACUGAAUUAGCUACUGUACAAACAUUUCAAUAUUUUCUGUAUUUUCAUAAUUGUAAUACACAUCACCCUGCUUUUAUACAGACAUGUUUCAGACAUUAACUAUCUGAACUGCUUCUGACAACUGUUUGUCAAACAAGGACCACAUUAGAGAAAAUGUAAACAUUUAUUUAUCAGUAAAUUAUAAUUAUUCUAUUAAUAUUAUCAGUAGAUUAAAUAAUCUGUUAAUGCAAUCAGAUAAUGUAAAUUAUUUGUUUAAAAUUUCGCUGUGCCCAAUACCUCAACACUCAAUUCUGAUCUCAGGUUUAAUCUUGUCAACUGUAAACAUAUAGAGCACGAUAUUGGCACGAGGGCGGUGUUAUAACGUUCGUGAUGACGUUAUGAGGCAGGUCUUGAUCAAACCCACCAAUGAGACGAGCUCGCUUGCUUCUUUCGGGGCACAUCGCAAUGAAUGGGUGUCGGUGCUUUACAAGGCGAAGGAGCAACCACAACAAGACGCGGAUAUUGAGGGCAUGCGGCAUCGAUGCGCGGGAGCUGUCCAACAGCACCCCACCAACGACACGGACACGGUUGACUGUCAGAGCGUUUCAGCGCGCGUUUAUAAGGACGGACCUCGUCCGGUGGCCCCUCUCUUUAGCCUGCCGCCCCCACCUCCAUCGAUAAAGGAGCGUCCCACCUCCUCACAUCACAACCGACAUGUACUGUCUUAUCCGGAGCGUAUCACCAGAAAGGACGGCGAGUGCCUGUCUUUGACCGGUCACAGCAUCCUCACGCAGGCAGCGCGCGGUGACCGUCAGUUUGAUCACAACCAAGCGGAGUUUCCAGGGCCCUCGUCCGGCUAUCAGUGUCAAUCUGAGGGGCUCUCACACUGCAGCCAUCCUCCUCAGCACAAAUCUUCCGUUUCCCCGCAGCCCUCCCCAUCAGAUCUGCUGCUGCCGCCGCCUCUGCCUUCGCGCAUCUCUAUAACGCGGGAUAGUCGCCAAACGAGUGCUAAUUGCGAACAAGAAACCGUGCAGCGUUGCGUUGGGGAGGGGGGGCGUCGAGACCAAAACCAGUUGCUGCAGCAACCUUGGUAUAAUCAAAUAGGUGAUCGUCAACAAAAGGACCCCUCCUCUGAGCCACUCUUACCAAACUCUGGCCAAGCACAGGUAAAUGAUUGCGAGGAGAGGCAAUUAAUUGAUGCUCCGUUACCACCGUUGCAAGCUCAACGGCAAUUAUUGUUGGGCAGCAGCUUGCCUAUCAACUACUGCAUCGGUGGAUCAGGGGAAGUGUUGCAGCAUCAGGCAGGCGCACAGAAGCACAGCCUCCAGUGGCAGCAGAGUGACCGAGACGCCGGGUACCAAGAGAGGAAAAUCGCACCUUGUCAACCAGAGCAGCAGUAUCAUGACGCUCAAAAUGAACGCUCGUUACUGAGAAACUCGUCCGUCUCCAGUUGUGAAAACAGCAGUCCCCUGUACGGCUCCAGCAGUCAACUGUGGCCAGAGCCUCACGACAAGGAGGAAAAGAAAAAAGGCAAACACAAGGCACAUGCUGAGCGAACAAAGCUGAGCCAUGCUGCAUCCAAGGCCUCCCUCUCCGAGAGCAGUCACUCACUCCCUCAGAUAGCCAUGAACAGUUGCAAGUACAAUGGAGGAGUGGUAAGACCGCUGGGCAGCCUGGCGGCGUCACGACGCAACCUAGCAGAGCAUGACUCUGAGACCCAGCCACUCCAGACUCUUCACAGCUCCGGCCUGGAAGUGGUCGUCUCCAAGGGCGGCGAGGACCGCAGUAAGGCGUCCAAUGAGAGCUUGGUCAGAGAGAGUGGCAAUGCGCCGCAGAAGAAAAAUAAAGAUAUCGGCUACAAGCUGGGCCACCGGAGGGCUCUUUUUGAGAAGCGCAAGCGGCUUAGUGACUAUGCCCUGAUAUUUGGUAUGUUUGGGAUCGUUGUCAUGGUAACAGAGACCGAACUCUCCUGGGGGGUUUACACUAAGGAAUCUUCAUACUCAUUUGCACUGAAAUGCCUUAUCAGCCUUUCCACUGUUAUUUUGCUUGGUCUUAUAAUAAUGUACCACGCUCGGGAAAUACAGCUGUUCAUGGUGGACAACGGGGCAGAUGACUGGAGGAUAGCCAUGACAUACGAGCGUAUCUUCUUCAUAGUGCUAGAGCUGCUUGUUUGUGCCAUUCACCCAAUCCCGGGCCAGUAUGUGUUCACGUGGACUGCCCGGCUGGCCUUCACCUACGUGCCCUCUGUGGCAGACGCCGACGUAGACAUCAUCCUUUCCAUCCCCAUGUUCCUCCGCCUCUACCUGAUCGGCCGGGUCAUGCUCCUCCACAGCAAGCUAUUCACUGACGCGUCUUCGCGUAGUAUAGGUGCCCUCAACAAAAUCAACUUCAACACGCGCUUCGUCAUGAAAACCCUCAUGACCAUCUGCCCUGGCACUGUGCUGCUGGUCUUCAGUAUCUCCUCGUGGAUCAUCGCAGCCUGGACUGUUCGGGUCUGUGAGAGGUAUCAUGACAAACAGGAAGUCACUAGUAACUUUCUUGGAGCUAUGUGGCUAAUUUCUAUAACUUUCCUAUCAAUUGGCUAUGGGGAUAUGGUUCCUCAUACAUAUUGUGGGAAAGGGGUCUGUCUUCUUACAGGAAUUAUGGGUGCUGGGUGCACUGCACUUGUAGUCGCAGUGGUAGCCAGAAAGUUAGAACUGACAAAAGCUGAGAAGCACGUCCACAAUUUCAUGAUGGACACCCAACUUUGUAAAAGAGUAAAGAACACAGCUGCCAAUGUACUCAGGGAAACAUGGCUCAUCUACAAACACACAAAAUUAGUGAAGAAGAUAGAUCAUGCCAAAGUGCGCAAACAUCAGCGCAAGUUCUUACAGGCCAUUCACCAGCUUCGCAGUGUGAAAAUGGAGCAGAGGAAGCUCAAUGACCAGGCCAACACUCUGGUGGACUUGGCAAAGACACAAAAUGUGAUGUACGACCUGGUGUCAGAGCUGCAGGAACGCAGUGAGGAGCUGGACAAGCGCAUUGGCACGCUGGAGGACAAGCUGGACGCAGUCACCGGCAGCCUGCAGGCUCUGCCCUGUCUGAUCUCCCAAGCCAUAACUCAGCAGCAGCAGGACCUCCUAGAUGGCUUCAUGCAGCGCUUCCGACCGGCGUCACUGGGCUCGGAACGAUCCUGGACACCCUCCAGACGACGACGGUCCCCCUCCACUGCCCCGCACACUUCCUCCGACAGCGGCUAACACCGGCUCGGACCCGCUCAUCGCUUCCAAAGCACUCAGACUUAUUCACGUAAGCUGAUCAGACCGAGAUCAAGGACUCGUAUUAAUAAGUAGAGAAUUAUCAAAAUAGUAGAUAUAUGGUUUAUGUUUAGCCAUUGUAUGGCUGUUCAAGUUAGCUUUUUUGUAAAGCCCUCAUAUAUUUACAAGACUGAGAUCGAGUCUGGGAAACUGGUCCUUAAAACUGGAGAUCACAGGGUCCACAGCGGAGGAGUGACGCACCCAAAAACAGAAGAAGAGGUUUAUUGGUUCUGUAAGACUCUACCUGUAGUGGUGUUUUCCUAUUGCCGGGAUGGACACUACAGGCACCCUCAGGUGCUCACUUCAGUAUUGAUCUGGAGAAGAAGGAGCACAUGACCUUACUACUGAGUAGAAUAAUGCAGGAAUGCCAACUUAAGGAUUCGGUUCCCUUGCUCCUUCAAGGGAAUUUGGGUGCAACCUUUUUUUAGUUAAAUAUAGGCAUGUUAUUUUUUUCUCCAGUGCCUGAAUGUAUAGAUUGUGGAGGGGUUGUUCAUUUACAAAUUUUUUGAGCGAAUUUUUGUAUAAUGUUGACACAAGCAUUGCAUUCCUUUUUCAGAUACAUUCCUCUUUAAGACAUUUGUACUAUUUUGUCUAAACAAAUACCAUUAAUUCCGUUGCAGUCUUAUUUUCCAAAGCCUUUCAAUACUUCCACCACUUACUACAGAAAGAAAAUAAGAAAGAAUGAAUGAAUGAAUGGCUGGGUGAAAAAUGAAUGAAUGAAAAUAGACAGACUACUUAAGCUGGUAUGGUAACACUUUCAUUUCACCAAAAUCUGAGCUUCCAAAAGUCUUCAUAUAAUAUAAAGAGAGGUUGCAUUUUAAAAUUUGAAAUGACAGCACAAAGUGCUGAAUGCAGUGGUAGGCACAAAUGUAUGACAGAACUGAGAUUUAAACCUUUGCAUGUUUCAGUGCAAUUGUGACGAAUGGAUUAUGGAUGGUUUUUCAGACGUGUGUGUGUGUUUAGUUUUAUUUUGUUGACUUUUUACAGAGAUUCCUUUCUUAAACGUUGGAUAGUAUUUUUAGAGCUGCAAAUAUAGAGGUGCAGUCAUGAUGUGGUAAUGUUUGUUAAAUGCAUACCUUGUUCUACCUAUAAAUUAAAAGUAUAAGUGAGAAGUAGGAUAAACACCAAAUCAUGAAAGAUACUUUAAGGCCUUUAAUGAAAGAAUAGAUGUGUUAGAGAAGGUGGUGAUGCUUAUGGAAGACAUUGUGGCUUACACACAGCAAAACCCCCAGUGUUAAAUAAACACUCUUAUAAUCGUAUAAUCCACUCCCAGAUGGGUGUUCAAAAUUAUUAGUCUUGGAAAGUAACACUAAAUCAGUAUUGAAGUCUCUGUAAAGUCUCACUAUUAAAGGGAUAGUUCACCCAAAAAUGAAAAUUCUGUCAUCAUUUGCUCACCCCCAUAGUAGGAAAAAAGUAAGUAAAUGGGGUCCAUGAAUGGUUUGCUUACAAACAUUUCUCAAAAUAUUUUCCUUUGUGUUCAUCAGAACAAAGACAUUUAUGUGGGUUUGUAACAACAUGAAAGUGAGUUAAUGAUGACAGAAAUUUCAUUUUUGGGUGAACUAUCCUUUUAAAGGUCCCGUUCUUCCUGUGUUUUUGAAGCUUUGAUUGUGUUUACACUGCGCAAUAUAACAUGUGUUCAUGUUUCACGUGUAAAAAAACGCGGUAUUUUUCACAUAAUUGACUUAUCUGUAUAGCGCUGUUUUCACUGUCCUCAAAACGGGGUGAAGUCUUCCUUGUUCUAUGAAGUCCCUCCUUCACAAAUACGUAUGUUUACAUAAAUUUAUUGCACAACUUUCUUUUUUGUUUAUGUAUUUUCCUAUCUUCUUUUCAUUGUUGUUUGGGGUUGGGGUUAGAAUCACUUUCUGAUAAAUUUUUUGAACAUCCUAAUGAAAAAGACAUUCGUGCUCAAGGCAAGAAAAAAAUGCUGAAUUUCGUGCCAUGGACACAAAUAAAUGUAUACAAUUUUGCAUGACUAGGCCUAUAACACAACUUUCCAUGAGAUCAUGUUGGUUGUGAUGCGAUAGCAGCUUAGCUUAGCCAGAGCGUUUGAGCUUAGCUGGUGACUGACGUAUUCCUGUGGGCGGAGUUUAAUCAAAAACUCCAAUAUUGAGGGCAUUAAAGCAGGAAGUAGAGGGCUGUAGUCCAAACCGGCCGUUCGCUGUAUGCUUUGAAAGGCGAUUUCUGUUAAAGAAAAUAUAUCGCCUGGCAGUGAACUUUGAGCUUUAGCAUUUUGCAGGUAUUAUUUAUGCUCCGCAACCGCAACAUUACACACUAACUAAAGUUUGAAAAAUGGGAUCAGGAAAAACGGGACCUUUAAGUGUGUUUGUCACACCACAGAAAAAUGUGUUAUCAAGGAAAAAUGGCAACUAAAUUAAAUAAGUUGGGGGCAUGUCCACUGACAGCGCUGAAACAACGCCCAACUUUUAAACACCACUAAAACAUGGAUGCUCGUGUUUGUGUUAAGGGCGGGGCUACAACAGUGGCAUGAUGACACAAUCACGGGCAUCCAUUCAUGUUGUAGUGGCCAAAUAAUCCUGAACAGAAAUGACGAAAACUGUUUAACAAUCUAAAUUCACAAUUCAUUAUUACAUGCAUUUCUAACAUUUCUAAUGUAUUUGGAAACAAAUUUCUGGUUUGACUUUACAUGGACUUUAAUGAGAUAAUGAAGUGAUGAAUGAACAAUAAUGAUGAACACCUGCUGUUAACAAACAGAAUCACUGACGAACAGAUUAAUAACAAGAAUUUACCCAAAUAAUGUUAGUUUUUCCUUUAGCUGGGCACCUGACCCUUGAUUUUUUUGUUUUAUUACAAGCCAAAAAUGAUAUUGUUUGCUUAUUGAUGCUGAUAUUAAUACCAUAAUGUAAUCAUUUUUUUCUGGUCAUUGGUGUGUUUGAUAAUUUUUAGACUUAAUUUUGCACUCUUAACCACAUAAUACAGCAGUAUCAUGAUGGUUUCUAUGAAGAAUACGAAAAAUAUCACUGAUAUGGUGUUCAUUUAUAACACUGGAGGUUUUGCUGUGCAUUUGCACAUUACGGAAUAUACUGUUAAGGCAGCUCAGAGCUAAAAUCUCUCUCCUGUUCACAUCUCCUGCAUUUUACUGAUAUCUCAGUGGUCUUGAAUGAUCUCAUAACCUUAAAGCAACUGACAAUGUAACGUGUUUGAUGAUGUAAUUGUCACAGAUUAGAAUUGAUAAGCAUUAAUCCACCAUCAAUCCAGCAUCUGAGACUAUUUUACUUUAAGAAACCUAGACAACAAAAGGCAACAAUGGGUAAUGCAUCUUGCAACACACUUCUGUAUUAUGAUUUCACAUGUAUGUAUUAUUUGUUUGUUUUCCUGUUCAGACUUUUUAUUUAAGAUAUUGCACAGACACCUGUCUAACUUGUUUCAAUUUUGUCGAAACUGUUUGUUUGGGUUUUAUGAAUUUUCAUUCUGUUCUUGUGUACAAACAGUUCCUAAACUUAGCAACUUUGUUGAACAUUAAUGCCUAUUAAGA